CGAGACAGGUUACACAAGAAAUACAGACGUGGCUUGUAUCAGAAGGAAGAGCUUUAUAUCAAGGGACUGGAGUGAAGCAGAACAUUGAACUUGUGUAGUACAUGGACAUCUAUUCAGAAACAGGAUUAAUAUCUAAUCCAGAGAGAUAGAUACUACAAUUAAAAGGGAUUGGGUGUUAUUAAAAACUGACUACAUUCCAGAAAAAGCUUUUAAUCACCAUAGAUACCCGGGCAGGGACAAUUAGACACUUGCCACAUGAUCUGCAAAAAGACACACUGACACACAGGCACUUCUAACAACCCUUCACUGAUCUGCGUGUGGUGUGGAAGAUUCCCUUUUUACGUGAGCAUGGAAACAUUUGACCAGAAUGAGGUGGAUCAGAUCCUGUCUGAGUUCCAUCUGCAGGAGGAAGAUUUGCAUGUUCUGAUGUGCAGGAUGCAGGCUGAGAUGGAGAGGGGUCUUCACCUGGAAACCAAUGAGGAGGCCAGUGUUAAAAUGCUGCCCACCUAUGUUCGCUCAACACCUGAUGGCUCUGAGGUGGGUGACUUCCUAGCCCUGGACCUUGGGGGCACCAACUUCCGUGUCAUGUUGGUAAAGGUUGGGGAGGAUUUGGAAGGGCAGUGGAAAGUGGAGACAAAACACAAAAUGUAUUCAAUUCCAGUGGAUGCCAUGACUGGAACAGCAGAGAUGCUAUUUGACUACAUUGCAGAAUGCAUUUCUGAUUACCUGGACCAGCAAAACAUGAAGCACAAGAAACUGCCCUUGGGAUUUACUUUCUCUUUCCCGGUUAGACAUGAGGAUAUCGACAAGGGUAUUCUUCUCAAUUGGACCAAAGGAUUCAAAGCAUCUGGAGCAGAAGGAAACAAUGUUGUUGGAUUACUCAGAGAUGCAAUCAAGAGACGUGGUGAUUUUGAGAUGGAUGUGGUUGCCAUGGUAAAUGAUACAGUGGCUACUAUGAUAUCUUGUUACUAUGAAGACCAUCACUGUGAGGUUGGCUUGAUCGUAGGGACUGGCUGCAACGCUUGCUACAUGGAGGAGAUGAGUAAUGUGGAGCUGGUGGAAGGAGAGGAGGGACGUAUGUGUGUGAACACGGAGUGGGGAGCAUUUGGAGACACGGGGGAGCUGGAGGAUUUCCGACUAGAGUACGACCGAGUGGUGGAUGAGGCAUCUCUUAAUCCUGGUCAGCAACUCUACGAAAAGAUGAUCGGUGGAAAAUACAUGGGGGAGCUGGUCAGACUGGUCCUGAUAAAGAUGGUGAAUGAGAAUCUGUUAUUUGGAGGAGAAUCUUCUGAAAAGCUGAAGACCCGAGGAGCCUUCGAAACACAAUUUGUGUCCCAGAUAGAGGCGGACACCUCCGAUUUUAAACAGACUCUCAACAUCCUGCGGACUCUAGGAGUACAGGCCACAAUUGGAGACUGUCACGCUGUGCGCUUAGCAUGUGAGAGUGUAUCUACUCGAGCUGCGAUCAUGUGUUCUGCUGGCCUUGCUGGGAUCCUAAACCGCAUGCGGCAAAGCAGGAGAGAGGAGCUACUUCGAAUUACUGUGGGAGUGGAUGGAUCUGUGUACAAACUACACCCUAGUUUCAAGGACAAGUUCCAUGCCACUGUGCUCAAACUGACUUCAGGCUGUGAAAUUACCUUCAUUCAGUCAGAGGAAGGAAGUGGACGUGGAGCUGCCCUAAUAUCAGCAGUGGCGUAUAAGAUGGCUGUCAUGAUUGGUCACUAGUGAGCAUUUCCUCAAUGCAUACAUGAGACCCAAGUCAAGUCAGAGACCGAAAAGCCUCCCUUCUGCAGAGUGUUCCAAAGAUCUGAAGAGAUUCCUUCAUAUCUACAAUGGCGUGUAGAACAUCUGGCAAACCUUUCUGCUGCUAAGAUUUAAUGAAUAUUACUUUAGCUUUAUAAAAUGCAUGGAGAGAACUCAGUAGACAGAGAGAGCCAAAGGUCAUUCCUAUAGUUACACAAUAAAUGACUCAUAGAAACAUAUUCUACAUAGCCCAGAUCUACUUAACAUGUCAUUGUUCAUAAACCAAUUAAUUCAGUAGAAACUGGAAGAUAACAUCAGUGGACAUUUGACUCCUCUUUGGGAGGUUCCAAAGAUGAUGCAUUUUGGUAGACCCUAAGGAGAUUGGGUGGUCCACCAAACACUGCCACCAAGAGAUGUUCAACCUGAGACAUCAUAUCAAAUCUUGGCAAAGACAUACUACCAGCCCAGUAAGAAAAAAAGUUCAGUGUGGAGCACCAACUCAUGAACGUUUACCACGGGUGUUGCUGUCAAUGCCCUUCACCAAUUCAAGAGAUUUUUAGAUCCACUCUCAUGAGUGGAGAACCCCUUGCAAGAACUUCUAGGAUCCAGGAAUAAAUUAACAUUCACCAUGAAUCCUACUUAUUAAAACAAUAUUAAAGCAAGAAACUAGCUUUAUCCAUAGACAUGCCAGAAGCCACCCUUCAUUUGAAACUUUUCCAACGCUGAUUCAACUAGUAGCCUCCCAGCAGGAGAAGACUUUAAAGAACUAUAAAAGAACCACAAAGGACAUAAGUGCAUCUAAGCUUAUUAAAGGAAAUGUGGACUGCUUGUACAGUUAUCUAUAAUCAUAAUCAGUGUUUCUUGUCUAUAUAACAUGUUGAGGUAUAAUUAUUGGCCAGAUAUCAGUUGACUUUUUCAGUUGGAUUUCACCCCAACUUUGACUCAGGUAAUGGUUUGUAAAAAAUCCCUUACUAUUUCUCAGGCACAGCCUGCAGAUGGAAGUGACACAGGAGGAAUAUUCUGUUUGCAGUAAAAUAUAAUGUAGAUUAUUCUACUUACAGACAAAAAGCCAGUUAUGAAACUUAAAGCUGGACAUUAUAAUGAGUAGCUCGAAAGUGAUGAAGUAACUGGAAAAGCUGUCACUAAACAAAGUGUUUGAGGUCGGCCAUCGGGGGUUAUUGGAACAAGUGAUGUAAUGUUGAAGAAUGCAGUAUCUAUACAAAAAAUAAAUGUAUUUACAUGAAUAUCUCA